AUGCUACAGCAGCCCAACGCUGCUCUAGUGCGACAUGGCGGCAUCAGGCGCAUACGGGAAAAAUUCGUCAACGAUCUCGCAACCUACAGGUCAAAGCGCGUAACAACCAAGGCCUUUGAUGAUGAGAGAAACGCUGAUCUCAACCGGUAUCCAGAUGUGGCACUAAUCGACCAAACAAGGGUUGUCCUUAGAGAUGGGCCUGAAGGUGCCAACGCUCUUCCUAAAAAUAAAACAAUUUUCAUUUUUCUAGGUAGCGACUACGUGCACGCGUCAAAGGUGAAGGGCUCCGAGUUUCCGAUGAUUUGUGCUCAGGGUCCGAUCGACGAAUCAAUUGCCAACUUCUGGACGAUGGUUGUGGAGCAGAAUUGCGGGGUCAUCGUCCAGCUUUGUCAAAAUCAAGAGGAAGGCCGUGAGAAGUGUGCAGACUACAUCCCUGCAGAACCAACGCUGUAUGGGAACGCGACCGUAUCUGUCAAGGAGUCAACCCAUGCUACCGUAGCCAACCCAAGCGUUCACAGGACAGUUAUCGAUGCGUCACUUCCGAGCGGUCGGAGCGUUGAGGUCGUGCACUUUCUCUACGAUGGAUGGCCGGACCGCGAUGUACCACUAUCACCAGCAGCGUUUCGUCAGCUUCGCGGGACGGUCCAAAAGUUGGCAGUAACACGAAAAUGCUCGGUGCUUAUCCACUGCAGUGCUGGAAUUGGUCGUACGGGGACAUAUGCAGCGAUCGAGAUGGCCUACAGGGACCUGAUUGCCAACGACCGAGAAGUGCAAAUGUCUACAAUAUUCCAGCGACUGCGCGACCAGAGGGCCCAUGCAAUCCAGACUGAUUUGCAGUACCUCUUUCUCCACCGUGCGCUCAUUGACAUUGCUUUGGAAAAAGGCCGACUGAACCGGGUAGACAAAGCGGGAGGCGUCGACGCGUUCAUCAAAGAAUACGAGGAACUGAUCAAGAGGAAAAGAGAGGAGCGCAAAGAACUGGAACGGAAGCACAAGAGAAGACGUGGAUGAGAUUAGUGAUUGAUAUAUAUGUACAUAUACUAGGCAUUGUUCUUUGUCCCUUAUAUUCACAUAUAUCUUGUGCCCGUCUGAUUUUUUUCCUCACAAUUGUUGUAUUGCCUGAUUAUUUUUUGUAAUGAUUUUGUAUGUAUUUUACUUGAUGCUUUUUUUCACUGAAUAAAUAAAUUUGUAAAAAUGCUUGUGUUCUUUAAUUGUUGUUUUUUAGGGUUGAGUUUUUUAAUAAGUGAGAAUUUUCAGUUUCUUUGUGUUAGAUGUUCAAUCUGGUUGGCAUUAUUUCCUUCGAUCACGUUUUGACGUUUUUGUCCUGCCAUUUUCGUCUAGAUUUAAUUUUUAUUUUCUCUUAAGCCUAUUUGACUUAU